CAUGUGUACAUCAAGACGUCUCAAACUUAUCAAAGCCUUUACUUUUUUAGCGUCAAUUAUGAUAGCCAACGCUCUUCCUUAUGAAAACGAAUACGGUCCAGAAUAUGGUGAGGAGUGGAUAAUGUUUCUAGAUGACAAUGGUAACACACACACAUUAAAUUUCUCUGUAAUGCCAGUCGAUAGUAGAGGUCUACUGUUCGGAAAGGUAUACUUUCAUCUGUACACAAGACGGAACAACGUCUCAGAAUUACUUGUGCUUCCCGAAAACAAUGAACAAAUCAGUAGCGAAUAUUUCGAUGCCACUAAAUCAUUGAAACUUUUAACGCAUGGCUGGCUAUCUAGUAGUGACUCGGAAUGGCUUCAAUACAUCAAAAACUCACUACUACAGAGGGACGACUUCAACGUGAUAGCGGUAGAUUGGAGAGAGAUAUCUCGGAACAAAAUAUAUCCUUGGCCUGCUUUCAGUACAAGAUACGUUGGCAAACAAAUAGCGAAGUUAUUGCAGGCUCUUCGUAAUUCGUAUCGAGUCGACAGCAAAAGCAUCCACCUCAUAGGUCAUAGUUUAGGUGCUCACGUCAUGGGGUAUGCAGGAAUGUUUCACGAAGGAAACAUCAGUCGCAUCACUGGUUUAGACCCAGCCCUACCACUUUUCGAAAUACCACAACUGGGCCCUGAUUUUCGCUUGGAAAAGAGUGAUGCUGAUUUCGUGGACAUCAUACACACCUGCGGUGGUAUUUACGGCUACAGGAGGAGUCAUGGUCACGCCGACUUUUAUCCCAACGACGGUAGACCUAAGCAACCUGGAUGCGAUGGUAUACAACCUAUUAUAGAAGGUUGCAGUCACGGCAGAUCAACAGAAUUCUAUGGCGAAUCUAUAACUUCUAAAAUUUCCUUCAAUGCGUACCCGUGUGACAGUUGGAGAAAUUAUGAAAAAGGAGAAUGCAAAGAGGAUCCCACGUUGAUGGGUCACGACGCGUCUGCCGCCCGUCACGGCGACUUCUAUCUAUACACAAACGAUGAAAAACCUUAUGCCAAAGCAGAAAAAUAAAUUUAACAGAUUUAGCCGAGCGGUUUUGUAACAGAAGUGCAAAUAACGUU